AUGGCAUUGCCCAUACCCCAGUUUGGGAAUACCUGUGUUGGUGCAAAGUUGAUGGUUGCUCCAAGGUGGCCAAUUCCAAAGGAGCAGUCCUUUGACAGUGCAGUCGUUAUAGACAUCAACCUGGGUGGAGGUUUCCAUGGAGCACCAGGGGUAGAGAUGUCCUCUAACCCCAGCCUCCCUACUCCUAGCCCCAGACAACCUCCAGCCUUCCAGUGGCUGCCCCACCCAGCCACCCCAACCUCUGGGGACCAGCAGGCCGAGAGCACCGGGCAACCCGUCACCAAACGCCACAGGAAGCUGCUGUUAAAGAGCGGGCCUGUAACCCCUAGUGGUGCCGGCUCUGAUGAAGAGGACAGUCGGCUACAGGGCCUGGCGCAAACCCAGGCGUCCCGUCGCCGCCUGCUCAGGGAGGUCUGCGCCAAAUACCAGCCGGGUGUCACCGAGCGACCUGUGUCCCGCCGGCAGGUGUCCCGCGUCUACGUGGAGGAUAGGUCAGGCCUGCUGUACUGUGAGGUGCCCAAAGCCGGCUGCUCCAACUGGAAACGGGUGCUGAUGGUCCUGGGCGGCAGCGCCACCUCCACGCACAUCAUCGCCCACGACGACGCCCACUACGCCAACCAGCUCCGCCGACUGGACGCCUUCGACCAGGCGGGCGUGGCCGAGCGCCUCCGUUCCUACACCAAGGUCCUCUUCGUACGGGAGCCCUUCGAGAGGCUGGUUUCCGCCUUCCGCGACAAGUUCGAGAGCCCCAACUCGUACUACCACCCGGUGUUCGGUCGGCCCAUCAUCUCCCGGUACCGGGCCAAUGCCUCACGCUCCGCCCUGAGGACCGGCGCCGGGGUCACCUUCAGAGAGUUUGUCCAGUACCUGUUGGAUGUGAGGCGGCCCGUAGGCAUGGACAUCCACUGGGAGCCGGUCAGCCAGCUUUGCAGCCCCUGCCUGCUACGCAACGACUUCAUCGGGAAGUUCGAGAACCUGAAGGAGGAGGCCAACUUCCUGCUACGGAGCAUUGGGGCACCUAGAAACCUGACUUUCCCUGACUUUAAAGACAGGAACCCAAAGGCAGAAAGGACUUCCUCCUCCAUCACCCAGAGAUACUUUGAACAAUUGAACUCCACAGAAAGACAGAGGGCCUAUGACUUUUAUUACAUGGAUUAUCUGAUGUUUAACUACCCCAAGCCCUUUAAAGACCUGUACUGAGGUACUGGCUGGAUUGCCCGGUUGAGGUUAUUAAUAUGAACACUACGGAAGAGAUUAUUAUCCUGUGGGACUUGAAUAAGCACUACAGGCACACUCAUGUCAAAUAUUAUUUUUACAGGUCUUAUUUACAAAUGGCUAAAAUAAUGAUUUAAUGUAAUUACUUGGGACAUAGGUUGUAGGCCUACAGCUUUUUUGUCAUAAAGCUUUGUAUAGUGUGUCAAAUGCAUUUGCAUUGAUUGGCAGACCAGUGACUUCUAUGAAGUGACGUGAACUUUGGGUAAAGAAUGAGUGAUCUGUUAUUGCUAUUGUUUUUCAGCCUUGUCACGUGAAGGUAUACUUUUUGGUUCUCUUCAAUAAUGUGUAUUCUUAUUCUGCAGCCUAAGUUCAUGAAAAGAAGGGAAAGAGAGAGGCUAGAUAUACUCUCCCAGAGAAAAGGCUAGUGUUUGCAGAUACUGUAACGGAUUUCAUAGCUACUGCUUACUGAUGAGAAAUCAAAUUGAAUAUAAUUCAAUUUGAUUUCAAAACCCCACUUGCUUUUAUUAAUUUUUUUAUUUAACUAGGCAAGUCAGUUGAGAACCAAUUCUUAUUUACAAUGACUGCCUACCCCCCCCCCCCUCAAACGUUUGGACACACCUACUCAUUCAAAUAUAUUAUAGAUUCCUCCUUUCCUGUGGCGGUCCCCAUGAGAGCCAGUUUCAUCAUAGCGCUGAUGGUUUUUGUGACUGCACUUGAAGAAACUUUCUUGAAAUUAUCCGGAUUGACUGACCUUAAAGUAAUGAUGGACUGUCGUUUCUAUUUGAGCUGUUCUUGCCAUAAUAUGGACUUGGUCUUUUACCAAAUAGGGCUAUAUUCUGUAUACCACCCCUACCUUGACACAACACAACUGAAUGGCUCAAAUGCAUUAAGAACAAAAUAAAUUCCACAAAUGAACUUUUAACAAGGCACACCUGUUAAUUGAAAUGCAUUCCAGGUGACUACCUCAUGAAGCUAGUUGAGAGAAUGCCAAGCUUGUGCAUAGCUGUCAUCAAGGCAAAGGGUGGCUACUUUGAAGAAUUUCUAAUAUAAAAUAUAUUUUGAUUUGUUUAACACCUUUUUGGUUACUACAUGAUUCCAUAUUUCAUUGUUUUGAUGUCUUCACUAUUAUUCUACAAUGUAGAAAAUAGUACAAAAAUUAAGAAAAACCCUUGAAUGAGUAGGUGCGUCCACAUUUUUGACUGGUACUGUAUAUGGGCCUAAUGUUACAAUACAAAUGAUUACACUGUAAAAGAGAAUGUACAAUUGUUCUACAUGUCCCCUAGCCUUAACACUGCCAAUUUUCAUUUGUUUGGGUUUUCAAGAUCCUUUACUAUGAAUAAAUGUUAAGUCAUUAAAAAAAA